CCUGUGACCCCCCAGCCCCCAGGCCCUGACUGCCCACUGCCCCUGGAUCUGAUAAGAGUCCCCACCCCAGCGGCCUCCUCCCCUCUGCUGACCAAUGGCCACAGCCUGGCUGGACCCCAGCUCCCCGCAUAUAAGGGGGCCCUGGGGGCUCAGUGCCACCGAGGCCGGCCCGAGCACCCCAGCUCGUCACCCACCCAGCCACCACCAUGUCUCUGACCAAGACGGAGAGGACCAUCAUCGUGACCAUGUGGGGCAAGAUCUCCUCACAGGCCGACGCCAUCGGUGCAGAGACCCUGGAGAGGCUCUUCCUCAGCUACCCGCAGACCAAGACCUACUUCCCGCACUUCGACCUGCACCCCGGGUCGGCGCAGCUGCGCGCACACGGCUCCAAGGUGGUGGCCGCCGUGGGCGACGCGGUCAAGAGCAUCGACAACGUCGCGGGCGCGCUGGCCAAGCUCAGCGAGCUGCACGCCUACAUCCUGCGCGUGGACCCGGUCAACUUCAAGCUGCUGUCCCACUGCCUGCUGGUCACCGUGGCCGCGCGCUUCCCCGCCGAGUUCACGGCCGAGGCCCACGCCGCCUGGGACAAGUUCCUGUCCGUCGUGUCCUCCGUCCUGACCGAGAAGUACCGCUGAGCGCCCCGGACCGGACCGCGCUGCGUGCGCCCGCCCCGCCUCCCGCCGGAGCCCCAAGCUCCGACCCUUCCUGCG